GCUCCGGGGACACGCUCGUUCUCGCGGACGCUGCCACCCGCCCAAGGAACAAUUCCUGCUCUCUUGCCAUCAGCCCGCGGAGGAAGCGGGGAAGAGUCAUGCCCAUCUACGAGACGUCUGGGCGGCUGCUUUCGUCUAGUCUCCUCCAGCUCUCCUGGAGCGUCAGCAAAGCUUGCAGAGAACCACCUCUAUGAGAGUGUCCUUCCUUUGGUUGACUGAGAAUGUUGGCUGACAAAAGGCUUGAAAACCUACAGAUCUACAAAGUUCUCCAGUGCGUUCGCCAGAAGGACAAGAAGCAGAUUGAGAAGCUCACCAAACUCGGCUACCCGGAACUCAUCAAUUUCACCGAGCCAGUCGAUGGGGAGGCCGCCCUUCACUUGGCCUGUGUUGCCAACGACAUUGACAUGUGCAACUUUCUCUUGGAGCUUGGAGCUCAUCCGGAUGUCCAGGAUCGGAUGGGCCGCACCCCCGUGAUGAAAGCCGCUGAGCUGGGCCAUGACUUGGCCUUGGAUGUAUUAGUUCAGGCCGAGGCAGACAUGACCAUCGUUGAUGUUGAAGGAAAAGGUGUUCUGUUUUACUGCAUUCUGCCCACCAAACGGCACUUCCGCUGUGUUCAGAUGGUCCUGGAAUAUGGGGCGGAUGUUAACAACUGCACUUUUGAGGGGAAGCCAGUUUUCGUACAAGCCUGUGAGCAGGCGCAUGAGAUCAGAGACAUGUGCAUGACAUUUUUGGAAAGAGGAGCAGACCCUAAUGCAACAAACCCAGCGACCGGCCGCACAGCCCUGAUGGAAGCAGCCAGAGAAGGGGUUUUGGAUGUGGUCCGCGGUAUUCUUGAGAGAGGUGGAAAUGUUAAUGUUUUUGACAAUGAAAGACACCAUGCUGCACAUUUUGCUGCCAAAGGAGGGUUUUUUGAGAUCCUGAAGCUUAUUUCUGCCUACAAUGGAGAUGUGGGUUUGAUAGCCAUGAACGGAAACACGCCACUGCAUUACGCUGCUGCUGGGGGUUAUACAGAGUGUUGCAGAUUUAUAGGUCAAAGAGGCACUGAUCCUACAUGGAGGAACCUAGAGAAAAAGACACCGAGGCAAGUGGCUAAAGACGGUGGAUUCAAAGCAGCAAGUAGGGAGAUCCGUAAGAUUGAGCGACGCUUUGCCAAAUAUUCCAAGCCCAAGCCUGGGGUGAAGAACCCCAACCCGCCCUGGGCUGUUAGGCUGCACGACUGGGCCGUAGAACACCAGGCAAGUCUUCGCGAAGCAUUUGAGAUCGCAGAUCGAGGGGACGGGGCCGUGAACAAGGAAGAUUUUGUGUCCAUCAUCGAAGAGAGGUGUCCGUUUGUGGAGCCUGAAAACUUAAUGACAAUUGCUCAGGCUCAUGAGAAAACGCGAGCAGGAGGGAUUAAGUUCGAGGAGUUUCUUAAGGGCAACCGGUUCUUGCAGAAAGCCUUCCUCCUUACAUCUUAUGGUCCCAAGAAGAAGAAACCCAAGAAAGCGAAAGGCAGGAAAGCCAAGUUUGUCGCCCCUAUGCCAAUCUGCGUCAUUCCGGAGAGUGCGUACUCGCGGCGGGCAGAUGGCGGGCCGCCCGAGUACAUGAUCGAAACCUAUAAGAACGUGACGGACUGCAACCGGUUCAACCGGGACCACCCUCCUGAGCACCCCAUCCAAGAUGAUUCCUGGUGGUACAUUGACGACCCGUUGAAGACUUUCGCCCACAUCAACUACCUUGCUAAAGACGGAGACCUUUCGUCCAUGAAGAAAGCCUUUGAGGCAGGGGUACCAGUGGACCUACGGGACCAUUUCUACAAAACUCCUUUGAUGGCCGCCUGCGCAAGUGGGAACAUCGAAGUGGUGAAGUUUCUCCUGGAAAGAGGGGCUAAUGUGAACGCAACGGACAAUUUCAUGUGGACUGCUCUCCACCAUGCAUGCCAUGCAGGCCAGCAGGAUAUUGCUGAACUGCUCAUUAAUUCCGGAGCAACAGUAGAUGCUAUUUCAAUCAACUAUGGAACCCCACUGAUGAGAGGCCUCGAGAGCUGCCGACUAGACACGGUGCAUCAUUUGGUCAACUCUGGUGCUAAGCCUCAGCUGACAAACAGAAAAGGACAAAACGCUCUGGAAGUUGCAAAGGCUUAUGCUGACACCCGGCUGGUCCACUACAUUCAAGACACACUGGACCGCAUGCCAAAGCCACCGGAGGGCAAAGGGGACAAGCAGAAAGGGAAAAGGGGGGCCAAGCCAAAGGCACCGGCCCCAACAGCCUCAGCAGCCUCAGGAGCCCCAGCUAUCCCAUCUACAUCUGCCACUCCCAAGGCAAAGAUGCCGGAUCCUGCAUCGAAAGAGUCUGUGAAAGAGGAGGUUCUACCAUUCCAGGAACCAAUCACUGAGAAAUCUCUCUUCGAGGAGAAGAAAGAAUCGCUCAAGGAUAAUGUCGUCCAUCUGAAUUCACUGAUAACCAGAGGAGCCACAAGGAAAGUUAAUAUCACUUUCACACCACAGAGGACUUGGAGUCCAGAAGCGACAACCCAAGACCUUCUAAGGAAGAGAGAGUUGCGUCGGCAGCGUUUUAGUUACGAGGUGGACUUUGAGGACUUCAUGAUGCCCUUUAAGAGGAACUUUAUGGAGAAAGCCCGUUUGAUACAACAGGGACUUGCCUUGCAUUAAUCACUGUGCGAUUCCUGCAGGAAGGCCAGGAAGGAAAGGAUCCAGUUCCCAAGAGGGCAAGAAUCAUGUUAUCCUGAACUGUGAUGGAAGUUUUGCUUUGAUCUUUAGUUAUGUAAUUUCAGUACAGGGCAUGCUUGAAGUAUUCAACCAGGAGGACCACACUGUCUUGCAUUUGGGAAUGGAUUUGUUUUCAUUUCUUAUUAUUGGAAGAUUAAUGUACAUUUCAGGAAAGUGGGAGUCCAGCUACCCUACUGCAUUGCAGUUGACUUUUUAUUACCCUCUCCCAGUCAUCCAGAUCUGAAACCACCUCCUUGCUUAAAAAUAGACUCUAUCCUGCUACAGAAACUUGAAACCAAUUAUUUCUAGGUGCUAUAAAUUGUACUGAGCAAUGUUGGUGAUACUUCUUAAAUCUAGGGCAGCUGUAGAAUUAUUUGUGCAAGUCUGCAGAAUUUCCCCAUGAGCAGAAUGUCCUGGUGCUAACAGGGGUGUGUAGGUUUUCCCUUAUUUUUUGUGGGUAUGUUGUGGGUGUGAUAAAUGCAAUACAUAAAUGCAAUACAGAUAUAAUACAAGAAAGUGAUCUGGGCGAUUCCCAGGUGGAAUCUACACACAUAGAAAAACCGUUCUGAAAAUGCUGAAUUUUUUUUAAAAAAAUACAUGGAAUUUUCCAUAAGGCUCACCAUCGCCAUCUAGUGUCACAUUGUAUAUUGCACUUAAAAACACACACAUAAUGUUUUAUUUGCAGUUGUAUAGCUGAGUCCCUAGUUUUGAUCCAUGUCUACUCACCUCUAAAAAAUGAAGUGGGAAAAGUUCCUGUUUAUCAAGGAAAGGAAAGAACAAAUGGCCAGGAAAAAACAAACCAUGAUUUACCCUAGUAUGUAUGUAUGUAUGUAUGUAUGUAUGUAUGUAUGUAUGUAUGUAUGUAUAUGCACCCAAUGUUCUUUGGAAGAUCCUUAAUAUGUUUGUAUUAUUUAGCUCAGGCAUCCCCAAACUGCGGCCCUCCAGAUGUUUUGGCCUACAACUCCCAUGAUCCCUAGCUAACAGGACCAGUGAUCAGGGAUGAUGGGAAUUGUAGUCCAAAACAUCUGGAGGGCCGAAGUUUGGGGAUGCCUGAUUUAGCUAGUUAUCCAAUAGUCUGUGGUGAAUAACCACUAUUUUUUGCUGUUAUUCCCUCCUCCAAAACCUGGAAUGCAUUGAUAGCAGCCACAGCACUCCAAUGUUUCCUUAGCCAGGACAAUCAAUACAGGGACAGCAACAAACCGGGGUUGUUUCACCUGUGCCCUGCCUCCCUCUGUCUUGUUUGUAGCAUUUUUACUCACCACAGGCAUACAGAAAAGUGGCUAAAUUGACUUUUGUCUACCUGAUGUUCUCCAGAUGUUUUUGACUACAGCUCUCACCAGAGCCAUGCUGGCUGGGGCUGAGUUGUAGUCCAAAACAUCUGGAGCGCACCAGGUUGGUGAAGGCUGGGCUAAAUCCUAAGAUGUUUGCCAAUAUCCCAAUGCUCCUGAAAAGCCUAUAGUCACAUUUUAAUGGGGCAGGGAAUCUGGGACAUCAUUGAUUCCCCAGCCAAGUCUGGAAAGGUGAGCGAAGGGAUGUUCUCAGAAUGGAAGAAACUGCAAAGUGACGCUGUUAAUUUCAGUAGUGAAAUGUAAAAGUUGCCUGUGUGUUUGUGCGAAAGCUGAGAGAUACAUUCUUUGCGCUGAGAGAACACUCAGCUUCCAGGCUGCCGUCUGACUUUAUUCCCAGAUGGUGGGAAAGUAUCUGCAAGAGUAAUGAUUAAUGCUGCGUUGUAGAAAUUUGGUACAUUAAUGAGAACAGUUUGGUUCCUUUAUGAAUCACUGGUCUAAAACUGACAGCUGGCCUAUUAGCCUUUCUAAUACCAGCAAUUUGCAUCCCAUCCAGGCCUCUCUAACCAGCAGAAUCCACAGCACAAAUUCCAAAAAGCCUAGGCUACAUUUUUAUAUAUAAACUUUUGUGGCAGUUAAAUGGAAGCAGGGAAUUAAUAAACCUCGAGAACCACAAAUACUUCUUGUAGCUUCAGCUGAUGGCUCAUAACACCACUUUUUUUUUAGUAAUACAAUAUAUCAAUGGAAGGAUAAUUUAAUGAAGAAUGUAAUGCAACAAAAUUUGUUCAAUUAUCUGUAUUCUAUUAAAAGUUAUAGCCAAAUAACCAGAAAGGGGAAGCACAGCUUGCUUAGGUUGAUAUGCAGUAGCUUUCCUUCAUUUGAAUGUAGCCAAUAAGUGUUUCGAGAGCCAAUCAGGUGUUAUGAGCCAUCAAACUCGGAAAUACACUUUUUCCAAAGGCUUUCCACAGUUUUGGCCACUGGUGUAUCAGAUACACACGUUGUUGUUGUUAUUGUUUAGUUGUUUAGCCGUGUUUGACUCUUCGUGACCCCAUGGACCAGAGCACACCAGGCACUCCUGUCUUCCACUGCCUCCCGCAGUUUGGUCAGACUCAUGUUGGUAGCUUCAAGAACAUUGUCCAACCAUCUCGUCCUCUGUCGUCCCCUUCUCCUUGUGCCCUCAAUCUUUCCCAACAUCAGGGUCUUUUCCAGGGAGUCUUCUCUUCUCAUGAGGUGGCCAAAGUUUUGGAGCCUCUGCUCCAGGAUCUGUCCUUCCAGUGAGCACUCAGGGCUGAUUUCCUUCAGAAUGGAUAGGUUUGAUCUUCUUGCAGUCCAUGGGGCUCUCAAGAGUCUCCUCCAGCAUCAUAAUUCAAAAGCAUCAAUUAUUCGGUGAUCAGCCUUCUUUAUGGUCCAGCUCUCACUUCCAUACAUCACUACUGGGAAAACCAUAGCUUUUUCACACAUAUUUAGAUUAAAUAAUAAUAAUGUACCAAUUAGGCGCCUAGAUAAUAACUUAAAAUUCCUCAGAGAAUGCCCUGCACAUUUAAAACAUUCCCGCCAUGUGCCACAAGAUCUGAAUUGCCUAUAACCAAAACCCUAGGCAUAAAACUUCAGGCGAGGCUUCCAAAUGUGAGAAUGGUUUGUGUGGUUAACACUGAAUUUCCAAAAAACGAAGUACAGUGGUACCUUGGUCUCAAGUGCCUUGGUACUCAAACAACUUGGAACCCAAACACUGCAAACCCGGAAGUAAGUGUUCCAGUUUGCAAACUUUUUUUUGGAAGCCGAAUGUGCUCCAUUUUGUGUGUUAUGCUUCCGAUUUGAAGAAAAAUCUUCUUCUGGAAGAUAAGAAAUCAAUAUAACAAACUUUUUGUAAAAGAAUGGAAAUGGUUUAUUGAAUAUUUACAGAUAAAUAGUAAACAGAUAAAAACACUGGCAGGAUUACUGUAAUAACCUGCAGUUUCAUAAGAGUAUAUAUCUAAAGAAGAUGAAUAAAUGAGCAAAUUAGGGUAAUUUGGAUAUGCAGAAGAUAUUAAAAAAUAAAGCAACUGCAGAAAGAUAGGGAAGGAAGUCAAGUUUUGAAAUGUCAAAAUGAUUGUAAAAUUAAUGAAAUUUAUAAAAUUAGUGAAAUGUAUAAACUUGAAAAGUAUAAAUAAAAUUUAAAAUUACAACCGUUUAAAAAAACCUAAUCCAGAAUAAACACUGCUUUUUCACCAUGGUGAUUUCAAAUUAAAUUCCCAAUCCUAUGCAGGUCUAUGCAGAAUUAAGCUCUGCUAAUUUUGAUUGGUGGUUGUUGUUGCUGCUGCUGUUAAGCCACACCCAUCUGACUGGACUACUCUAGCAGUUCCCAACAACUUAUUCUCAAAUAAAUCGCCUUUCUGCCAACAGACACUUUUUGUUUUCUAGAAGAAAGGCAGGGCUUAUCUUCCACCUGAAAGUGGAAUAUGAAACACAGACUUUGCUGCUCACUUUCUUAAUUGCCAUGCAGUUUUGCAAUUUCAGGAGUUGAAAUCUGGUUCAUUUUGCACCCAAUGUUUUGGUGGUUUUUGCCUUGGCUUAAAAAGACAAAGUUCAUCUUUGGAUGUUUAUCCUCAAAGGUGAAAAGUGUUACGUAAAUGCUCGCUGUUAUUCCAAAGGUUUUUUUUUCAAGACUCUCCGAUGGCCUUAAUUAUCUGCUUUUCCAGAGCUGGGCUGGCAGUAUGCAACUUACUCAAGCCCAUUAUGUAAGCAUUGAUUGAACCGUUUCCUCCCCUGUGAUCUUCUUUCUUUUACUUACAGCUCUCUUCCUGUGGUCUGUUAGUCUAGUGGUGUUUUUUUUCAAGGAGCUGAAUAUUCUAGCAGCUUAGUUCAUAAAGGAUGGUGAGGGAAGGUGAGUUACGCCAGUUCCCUGGCAGACAAAUACCUCACCCCCUUGAAGGAAGCACACAAUCUGCAUGUAAAUUAUAAGUGACUCAUAAACACAAAAAUAAAAUAAA